UCUCUCUCCUCUCUGAAACAGGCCCUCCAUCCCUCACAUGCGUUAAUAGAAGAGCCCAUAUAAACCAUGAAGCCUAAACUAAACCCUUUCAAAUUUUCACACACACACACACACUCUCUCUCUCUCUCUCCCCUUAAGCUCUGAAACUCUGAUCUCUCCAUCUCUGAAUUCUUAAAACAGUACUCAUGCAUACAUAGAUUCAAUACCUUUCACACAGCUGCACAACCCUCACAGCUUCUUCUUCUUCUAUGACCUCAGAAUUGUCGUCGACUAGUCUUCUUCUCUGUUAAAUCAGUACAAGAAAACAAAAGUUGAUCCAUGGCGUACCACAACCACCUCUCUGGAGACUUACCUCUCCACCACUUCACAGAACAAGCCCAACAGCAGCAGCAACAGAGCCAGUCCUUCGUGACCGACCAACCCGACCCAAAUUCCAAGUCCACGGAGCCCCACCACCACCCGUUUCAGACCGCUCCGAAUUGGCUGAACAGCGCCCUCCUCCGCACCCAGUACGCCGCCACCACCUCCGGCGCAGACGCCAGCAACGCCGGAGGAGGAAGCACUAAUUUUCUCAACCUCCACACGGCCUCCGACUCCACCGCCGCUUCUCAGGCCUCCAACCAAUGGCUCUCCCGCCCGAUCCUACAGCGCAACCACAGCGACGUCAUCGACGACGUCGCUGCCGGCGCCGGCGACUCCAUGAUGGCCGGCGCCAUGUCGCACGACUCCGCCGACAUGAAAAACGACGCCGCCCUGAAUAACAAUAACAAGAGCGAGGGCGGAGUCGAGAGCGGCGGCGGAGGAGGAGGAGGAGGCGACGGGGUCAUCAACUGGCAGAAUGCGAGGCACAAGGCGGAGAUUCUAGCUCACCCGUUUUACGAGCCGCUUCUCUCGGCACACGUGGCGUGCCUGAGGAUCGCCACGCCGGUGGACCAGCUUCCGAGGAUCGACGCUCAGCUAGCUCAGUCGCAGAAUGUGGUGGCUAAGUACUCCGGUUUGAGUCACGGCAUGGUCGCCGAUGAUAAGGAGCUUGAUCAGUUCAUGAGGCACUAUGUUUUGUUGCUAUGUUCUUUUAAAGAACAACUGCAACAACACGUCCGUGUCCAUGCAAUGGAAGCAGUGAUGGCUUGCUGGGAGAUUGAGCAAUCACUACAGAGCCUGACAGGAGUUUCCCCCGGGGAGGGUACGGGAGCUACAAUGUCCGAUGAUGAUGAUGAGCAAGUAGACAGUGAUGCAAACUUGUUUGAUGGAAGUAUGGACGGCCAUGACAGUAUGGGAUUUGGCCCUCUCAUCCCGACAGAGAGCGAAAGGUCCUUGAUGGAGCGCGUAAGGCAGGAGUUGAAGCAUGAACUGAAACAGGGUUACAAGGAGAAAAUUGUAGACAUAAGGGAGGAGAUAUUGCGCAAGAGAAGAGCUGGAAAGCUUCCUGGUGACACCACCUCUGUCCUGAAAGCUUGGUGGCAAUCACAUUCCAAGUGGCCAUAUCCAACUGAGGAAGACAAGGCUAGGUUGGUGCAAGAAACUGGUUUGCAAUUGAAGCAGAUAAACAAUUGGUUCAUCAAUCAAAGGAAGAGGAACUGGCACAGCAAUCCUUCAACCUCCACGGUUUUGAAGAGCAAGCGCAAAAGUAAUGCAGGUGAAAACAGUGGUGAUCGAUUCAUAUAAAUUGGGAAAGAUAGUGAGAACUGUCUGCAGAUGAUGAUCUUAGUUGAUGAUGCUUCCACUACAGCGAUAAUUCCAACAUAGAAAUGAUAGCUUACGCCUGAUGAAAGAAGACUACAGGGUUCAAGUGCAAGGAAUUAUCAUCAUUUGUUUCAACAGAAAGAGAAAGGCUAACACUGAUUUUGAGCAAUCGAUAUACAGGUAUGCUCAAGUGCUGCAUUGGGUGAAAUGCAUGUAAUAUCAUAUCACUAGGAAUUCAGUAAUUAGGAACUAUGUUACUGCUGAAAAACCGAAUUGGAUAGUCCAAUAGAGGGCUUAUCAUUUUUGUUUAAUCUUUAUUAUAUGUGAAUAAGGAAAGUGGGGUAUUUUGUGGGUGUACAGUGUAGUAGCCUGAACAGUGGUUUCUUGCAUUACACUGGUGAUUAUAGCGUUUCAGGCAUUUUGUUGUAGAGCUAAGCUUGUAGUAAAUAAGGUAUAAAAAUUUAGCAUGGAGAUGCUGCUUCAAUUUCACCUUUGAAAUUCAUAGGAUUCUAUUGCUUUAUGAAUAAUGCCUCGUUGGGCGCUUGAAAGGUA